AAGUGAGAAGAUAAAGCAACUGGAUAAUCAGGGGGAUCGAAGCAUGUUGUGCGAAUCGCAUUGGAAAAUGUUCAUCCUCUCCUUUAUUCUGAUCAUCGGUAAUGUUCAUCCGUCGGCUGGAGAAGACAAAGAAUAUCAUUUACCUAAGCCAGUAUUAUCUCUGAAUCCAACUUAUCGGGUGUUUUUUCACGAAGAAAAUGUGACUUUGACCUGUCACUGUCGGUGCUCCUCCACAUUGCACCGUUAUUAUAGACACCAGGAACAAUUCACGCAGCAGCAAACUCGUCGAGGUCUAUGUAACUCUUCUGUUUCAUUACGGAGAGUAGGGGGAUAUGAAGCACGCUACACAUGUGAAUGUCUACACAUUGAGAAUCGCAUUUGGAGUACUUCAAAGCGGAGCGACCCAGUGCAGAUUGUUGUUGGAGAUCAACUCUCACAGCCAACAAUCUUCACAAGCCCGAAUUCCGGCACAGUGGUAGAUGGAGAAAAUGUUGGAAUUUCCUGCGAGGCGGACAUUCGUUCCAAUGGGGGGCAAGUUCACUUGUACAAAAACCGCUCAGGAUCCCCUGUACAAUCUCGAGUGGUGAAGGGCAACGUGCAAACUGUCUACUUCAGCAUAAAUCCAGUAAACGAAGGCGCAGGAGGAAAUUAUAGCUGUCGGUAUGAAACAAGGGUGAUAGGAUAUUGGAAGAAAUCCCCAUUCAGCAGAGAUGUAACGAUUACUGUGACAGCUGCACCCAGCACGCCAUGGCUGAACAUCACCCCGGGGUACGCUGCCUUUAUCGUCCUGUUACCUUGUGCGGCGCUUGCUUUGUUCUUGAUCAUUAAGAGAGGACGAAAGAGGAAACAGCAUACUCGGAGAAAUGCAGCCUCAACAAGUGGGGACACGGGUAACCAGGACGCUGAUGCCACGGAUGGCACCGCAAACGUUUCUCCCAAUUCUGACACAAUGGAUGUGCAUCCUGAAGCAGCGCCUGAAGAUCAACAAGAGCUCAAUUAUGCCACUUUGAAUCUGGAGGCCUUGAAACAGAAGGAAGCUGCGUCCGUCACAACGGGCGACUGCAGCAUUUACGCCGAAGUGAAAAAGAAAUAGUAUUUCUAAGCAGGCUGUGGGGAAUUUGUUUCUUGAUUAGAGUCGAGUGCCUCUUCAGCCAGACGUCUGUAGCUGUUCCGCCUCCUGUUCAUGGACAUGAAACAGCAGCUUGGGCGAACAGCAGAAGCGCAAUUCUGGCGGAAGUGUUCAUGCCACACGAGUAUAUCAUCUGAGAGCGUGAUUCACAGUUUCAGAACUGAAAUUCUCAAUAUGCUGCUGGUUCUUUCUUUAUUUGAUUGUGUGUUUUUUUUUCAAAUUUACAGCAGUUCUAUUCUUAUCGACGGAUUCUGAUUUUUUCCUUUUGCCCAAGACAGGCUAAAAACUCUGGUUGCAAAUCAAUAAACCUUCGCGUGUGGAAGCUA